CCGGAAGCGUCGGCCGUGGCUGGCGAAGACGGAGGGGUCGAGGGGGACGUCUGCCCAUCGCGGUCCCCUCCGCCGAGCCUCCGUCGGGCGGAAGGUCCGCAGAAGCUUGUGGGAAGGUGGCUUUUUUCAUUAUGUGUGCGUCAGUCAAAUACAACACUCGGGGUCCAGCCCUCAUCCCAAGAAUGAAGACCAAACAUCGCAUCUACUACAUUGCUCUAUUUUCUGUUGUGCUACUGGGGUUAAUUGCCACUGGCAUGUUCCAGUUCUGGCCUCACUCCAUUGAGUCCUCAAAUGAAUGGACCCUUGAGAAGCGCAGCAUUCAUGAUGUACCUAUAAUCAAGAUUCCUACAGACAGUGCCAUUCCAGAACGGGGAGAUCUUAGUUGCAGGAUGCACACAUGUUUUGAUGUUUAUCGCUGUGGCUUCAAUCCGAAGAAUAAGAUCAAAGUCUAUAUUUAUUCCCUAAAGAAGUAUAUGGAUGAAUACAACAUGCCAGUCAGUCACACCAUUUCCAAGGAAUACAAUGAACUAUUAACUGCUAUUUCUGAUAGUGACUUUUACACAGAUGACAUCAAUCGUGCUUGUCUAUUUGUACCAUCCAUUGAUGUUCUCAACCAGAACACACUGCGUAUCAAGGAAACCGCUCAGGCUUUGGCACAAUUAUCCCGUUGGGAUAGAGGCACCAAUCAUCUCUUGUUCAAUAUGUUGCCUGGAGGACCACCUGACUAUAACACAGCAUUAGAUGUUCCAAGGGACAGAGCUCUUUUGGCAGGAGGUGGUUUUUCUACAUGGACCUAUCGGCAAGGAUAUGAUGUCAGUAUUCCAGUUUAUAGUCCCCUAUCUGCAGAAGUACAACUGCUAAAUAAAGGACAAGGUCUCCGCAGAUAUUUUCUCCUCUCCUCCCAAAUUGCUCUUCAUCCUGAAUACCGUUCAGAACUGGAGGCUCUUCAAGCAGAGAAUACAGAAUCUGUGCUAAUCUUGGACAAGUGUACCAACCUUUCAGAGGGAAUUCCAUUUAUUCGAAAACGUUGCCAUAAAAACCUGAUGUUUGAUUACCCUCAGGUCCUUCAGGAAGCCACAUUCUGUAUUGUUCUGCGGGGAGCACGUUUAGGACAAUCUGUUUUGAGUGAUGUUCUUCAGGCUGGUUGCAUCCCUGUUGUCAUAGCGGAUUCUUAUGUUCUUCCUUUCUCUGAAGUUUUGGACUGGAAGAGAGCUUCUGUGGUGAUACCUGAGGAGAAGAUGCCUGAGCUGUACAAUAUCCUACAGAGCAUACCCCAGCGGCAGAUUGAAGAGAUGCAGAGACAGGCAAGGUGGUUCUGGGAAGCUUACUUUCAAUCAAUGAAAGCUAUUGCUAUGGCAACUCUUAAGAUUAUCAAUGACCGAAUCUAUCCGUAUGCUGCCACAUCAUAUGAAGAAUGGAAUGAUCCCCCAGAAAUUAAAUGGAGCAGUGUAAGCAAUCCACUGUUUCUCCCAUUGAUCCCACCUCAGUCACAAGGCUUCACUGCUAUUGUCUUGACAUAUGAUCGUGUUGAAAGUCUCUUUCGAGUGAUCACUGAAGUUUCAAAGGUUCCAAGUCUUUCCAAAUUGUUAGUUGUUUGGAACAAUCAGAAUAAAGUUCCACCAGAAGAAACUGUUUGGCCUAAAGUUCGAGUUCCAUUAACAGUUGUACGAACCACAGAAAAUAAACUGAGUAAUCGAUUCUUCCCCUAUGCUGAGAUUGAAACAGAGGCUGUGUUAGCCAUUGAUGAUGAUAUCAUCAUGUUGACCUCGGAUGAGCUGCAGUUUGGCUAUGAGGUGUGGAGAGAGUUCCCUGACAGAUUAGUUGGCUAUCCUGGCCGCCUGCAUUUGUGGGACCAUGAAACAAGUAAAUGGAAGUAUGAAUCAGAGUGGACCAAUGAAGUCUCAAUGGUGCUAACAGGGGCAGCCUUUUAUCACAAGUAUUUUAAUUACUUAUAUACAUAUAAAAUGCCCGGGGACAUCAAAAACUGGGUGGAUGCACAUAUGAAUUGUGAAGACAUUGCCAUGAAUUUUCUAGUGGCCAAUGUAACUGGGAAAGCGGUUAUUAAGGUGACACCCAGAAAGAAAUUCAAAUGUCCAGAAUGCACAGCCAUCGAUGGGUUAUCCUUAGAUCAGACACACAUGGUAGAAAGGUCCGAAUGCAUUAACAAAUUUGCCUCUGUCUUUGGGACCAUGCCUCUGAAAGUGGUGGAGCACCGGGCCGAUCCAGUCUUGUACAAAGAUGACUUUCCCGAAAAGCUGAAGAGCUUUCCUAACAUUGGAAGCUUGUGAAGAGCAGCCAUGAGUGAAGUUGGCAAAUUGGAAUCCAGCACCCCAGGCAGCAGCUGAUGCUAGGAAAAAUCUUCGGGACUGAAAGAAUCAUGCCAGGGAGCAUUACAGAGAGAGGUCACAAAAAAAAUAACGCUUUGUUCCUGAAAAGCUUUUCAACAGAGAGUAAAACUCAGUGGAAAAAGAAGCAAUGGAGGUGAAUUGCUGCAUUGGUCUACUGAAAUGUUUGUUGGCUGUAUAAAAAUUGUGUGUAUACGAAUAUACACAAUGCAAAGUUUUUGAUCACACAGCAAAAAAUAUUUCUUCUCUAAGGGCUGCUAGUUACCACAUCUCUUGUUGGUCCAUUUUCAGACUGCCUUCUAGAUUUGCUGCCCAGAUGCCCUCUUUGGCUGGUGUGCAAGACCUGCUUUAGCAUCUUUUCAAAUACAUUGUAAGCAUUAAUUCUGCCAUAGAAUUGGCAGAAAAUGUGUAUUGAUGUUGGGUUCAUUUUUAACGUUACAAGAUAAUUGAAGUUGAAUAAAGCAGCAGUUCUUAUUUUUCUUUUUAUUAAGGUAUCUAGUUGUUAGUAAAUGAACACAUUUCAUGUUUUCUAUUAUUUCUGCUGAACAGAAUCCUGAAUAGGAUUAGACUGCAUUUUUAACUAUAUAGAAUGACUAUUCCAUUCUUAGCCUAUUUUGAUAUUUCAAUCUGCUUUCCAUACCAUAUUGGGAUGGUUUUCAAUUGACCAAUCAUUAAUUAGGAAUACAUAAAAAUGCCUUCUGUACUUUGGAGCUCUUGAUAAAAAAUACUGAGCUCAACACUAAUUUUUUUUUUUUGAAAGGUGCUAUACAUGACAAUUUGAAUUGUGUAAUUGUGCAAUAGAUUAAUGAUUCAUAGAAAGCAAUUUAUCAUCUUCCGAAACAAUUUACAUCCUGAUGUGUAUAACUCAUUAUCACAAAAUAAUGAAUAUCUAUCAUGUAAGCAAUUGAUGCUGAAGUAAGCAUAAAGAACAUGCACUAGGGAAUGAGAGUGACACCUUUGCGUUUCAAGUCUGUUUCACAAAAUAAAAGCAACUUUACUGUCAAUUUGAAAUCAUAAGAACCCUGCGUGAAGAAAUUUUAAAUCUUUCUUCUCCGGGCUGAAAAUUGUUUAACUGAAAAACCAUUAACAGGGAAGAUUAAGAAUAAUUAUUUCUUUGUUGCUUAAAUCUUAAUAAAAAUAUUCACUAACCUAAGAUAGCUGAUCAGUAUCUGCAGUAGGUAUCAGUUCUCUUUGCAUCAGCACUGUGAUAUUCCAGUUAGGUGCAAUGUGGAAUGUUAACAUAUUUUUGCAAGCCCUGUUUGAGUUUUUAGUGACUACUCAGUCUGUAAUUUCAACUCCUUAGAUGCAGAUUCUGCUGACAAGUAGGAAAUUUCUUCACUUAAGUCUGAAAGAGGAAAAAAUAUAUAGAUUUUUAAAUAUAAAUUAUAGUAAAAUCAUAAAAUGCAAGAAGUACUGCAUUACCAAGAUCUAGAGCAUCCUGGUAAAAUAUUCUUACUGCCAUGAUAACACAGAUAGAACACAAAAUUUGGGGGUGGCAGCCACAGCAUUUCUGAUUCAUCUGCUCAGGGAAAAUACAAAACAAAUUGUCUCAAUACUAAUACUCAAUACUAAAAUACUGGACCUAAAUUACAGCACCUCCAUUAUUUUAAAUUUGACAUUAAAUAAACUGUGGUAUUGAUUGGAAUGUCAGGACUUUUCUUCUACAGUACAUGUUUGAGUGCUCUUCUGAGGAGGCCUCUCUUCUGAGUAGAAGUCAUCUCUGACUUUUAUUCCUCCAUCAUCUAAAUUCUUUAUACAAAUUCUUCAAUUAAGUUGCUUCUGCCAUGGGAGCAGGCUUCUUUGGGGCAGCCAAGGCAAAGUUGGUUUGUUUUGCUUGUCCUCAUUCUUCAGUAACUAAUUGAAUGUGUGAAGGAGGUUUUACCCUGCUGUGAAAUGUUAUUAAUGAUAUUAAGAAUUAAGCUCAACUAUCUCGGCGUGUAUAAUUUAUAUGCUGAUUGAUUUUGAUGGUUGUAAACCUCUUUACAUUUCCUUCCUAAGAAUGCAGGUAAGAGUUCCUUAAAUAUCUGUCCUGUUCUCCAGCUGUGAAAGUGCAGUAUGGAUGUCUCUUAUUUUAAAUCUGAUUCUAUUAAUUGCUUCCAGUGUUUGAAGCUGAAGCUCAGAUUGCACUUGAUUCUUGUCCCCUGUUGUUUCUGUGGGCUCAGGGCUGCACAGCUGAUUUUGUUUUACCUAUUCCUUGCCAAAACUUUUUUCUUCAAUGUGUUUUUUCAAUGUUAGCAGGAACAAUUUUCCAUACAAUUAGUUGUGCAGAUUAUUUCUAAAGGAGGGGCAAGUUUCCCUCAGAUUUUGUUCAGUUGCAUCAUGGUUAAUUAUUUGGUUUGCAAUUUGCCAUGAUUUAAAUUUUUUUAUCCAACAUUUGGAUUAGCAGGGAACAGCAUAUUACUGGCACAAUUUUCUACAACUUGGAAAUGUUCGGUAUGUAUGAUCAGUGUGCCUUCUCUUGUUGAUUGCUCUUUGUUUUCAGCAGGAUAAUCAUGCUAGUAUAGUAUUAUCCCAAAUUUUCCUUCCACCUGAUCUUUUUACCAUGGUGGUUUAUAUAUUUCUUUGAAGAUGCCAAUUAGGCAUUCAAUUGUAUCUGCAGUUUCUACUUUUGGGAAUAUAAGUGAAACAGCAACAUUUGAAACAAAUUUCAGUUGGUAAAUUGUUCUUAGUUACCUGUUUCCAUUUUGCAGAAGACACUUUUGAAAGACAAUUAGAGGCAGACUCUUAAAAUUAACCUUUGAUCCAUAGUUCAAAAAUAUAUUUGAGUAUGUCCAAUGUUAAAAUAUUUUGCUUCAUAAUGUAUUAGUCAAAUUUAAGUGUUCUUCUCCCUUAAUUGUAAUAUUUAGUUCCUUCUGCUUCCCUUUAGUGUCCAACCUUCAAAGUCUCAUCCUAUCCUAGUUUUUAAAGAGAUUUCAAAACAAACAUUUGUCAUUGAAAGGUUUUUUAUAAUUAAUUCCAAAAUCUUAUUUAGAAUCCAUCCGUACCUUUAGUCAAUUUGUAACUUUCCAAAAUAAAAGCUCUAAUCACCUUUUUGUUAUUUAUUGCAAAAAAGGAAUUUUUAAAAAAAAAUCAUUAAAUUUGUACAGGUAAUCCUUGACUUACAACAGUUCGUUUAGUGGCUGUUCAAAGUUAGAACAGCACUGAAAAAAGUGACUUAUGGCGGUUUUUCACAUGGCCAUUGCAGCAUCCCAAUGGUUAUGUGAUCAAAAUUUGGAAGCUUGGAAACUGGUUCAUAUUUAUGACAAUUGUCAUGUCCCGGGGUCAUUUUAUCACCUUUUGGGAUCUUCUUACAAGCAAAGUCAAUAGGAGAGCCAGAUUCACUUAAUAGCCAUGUUAUUAACUUAAGAACAGCAGUGAUUCACUUAAGAACUGUGGCAAGAAAGGUGAUAAACAGAGUCAAAAUCCAUUUAACAAGUGUUUGGCUUAGAAACGGAAAGUUGGGGCUCAAUUGUGGUUGUAAGUUGAGGACCACCUGUGAUAAAAAAUUCUUUCACUGAGAAUCGAAGGAAACUCAUCCAAUACUGUCAAAACUUUACUGGCUGAAAAGCAAUUUCUGAAAGUGUUUAGAAAAGAAUGUAUGCCAUAAAGACCAACCAACCACGGUCUGAGCAACGAUAGCGUUGCCUUGUCUCCCACGGCUCUAAACCUUUCAGAAACUGUCUUCAAAUUCCUCACAAGGAACAAAUAUCUGGAGCACCUGUGGGCAAUAUCAAACCCUUUUCUUGUCCUGAAAGGAAUAACAAAAAGCCGGUCUAUUUGCUGGUGCUUGAUUCCACUGCAGUCGGAUUCUUCAGUUCCCCAUUUCUUCUCUGGAACUUGUAUAAGACACUUUUAAAGGUAUAUGCCAAGGGGAAAAAAAGGAUCACAAUGCAGUUUUAAGUAUUUUGAAUUCUAACUUCUGUUGUAGUCACACAGCGGACGGUAAGGGUGUGUGAGAAUUGUAGGCCAUAACAUGCGCAGAAGAACACACUGCUUUUCUACGAUGUACAUCUAUGACGUUUCAAAUAUGUAUAAAAUGUGAAUAUAAUGUGUACGUUUGUAUACUUGUCUAAGAACUGUUGCUGAUUAUAGCUCUUUGUUAAACAUAUACUCAGUUGCAAAGCCAAUUUUGCAGCUGUGUCAUGAGAAAAUAAUGAGGCAUGGUCUAAAUAUCUACCUCUGUCCACCUGGAUUCUACAAAUAUUAACUGAACACACAUUUGUAUAUUUGCAGAUAUAAGAAAGUUCAGUGAAUGUUCCACUUUCAUAUGAACUGUACAUAGGUAUUUUGUAUUGGUUUCCAUACUGUAGUCUGUGUGUUUCUCCCCCGUAAUACAGAGGUUAUCCAGGGACCAUAUUUCUCAAUGUUUGUGUGCACUUGUUUUCUUUUGAAAAAUAAUAUUUGUAAAAGCAUGUGGCAGUCAAUUCUAUUUUACUUAUAUACUUGCUACAUUGUUAGCUGCCCAAUCAUACAAUUGUAGGCAUUGUAUAAAGCAAAAUUCUUGGUUUUAUAAAGUGAAAUGAUAUAAAAGAGCAAAUUGAUAUAAAAUUGCAACGUGAUGUAUGUUGGA